AUGCAUUUUGUUAUACUUCUUUCUGCAGUUGUGACUGCAUUGGUUUGUUCGGUUGUUGCCAGCAAAGACAGUCCUAACAUAGUCUUCAUCUUCACCGAUGAUCAAGACUACCGUCAUGGCUCUCUAGACUCAAUGAAAGCAGUGCAACAGGAGCUUGUCGCAAAAGGAACGCUCUUCACAAACUUCUAUGCGACAAUCGCUGUGUGUUGCCCGAGUCGUGUGUCUCUGAUGAGAGGCCAAGCUGCGCACAAUACCAACAACACACACGUACGAACGCCUGGUGGAGGAUACGGAAAAUUCCUCAAAUCCGCAGAGGACAAUAAUUAUCUCCCUCACUGGCUGGACAAAGCCGGAUAUCGGACUGAAUACAUCGGAAAGCUUUUCAAUGGUGUCGACCUCACAAACUACUCUCCCGCACCCAAAGGGUGGGAUCAUAUUGAUGUUUUGCUUGAUCCUUACAUCAACGCGCACAACACUGUCGUUAUGUCUCAAAACGGAGACAGGCCAAAAUGGUACCGGGGAUACCAGCAAACAGAUGUUCUGCGGAUUAAAGCGCUGUCGCGGCUUGAGGCUUUGAUUCAAGAAGAGGAUCCGUUCUUUCUCAUGAUCGCUCCUACUGCUCCACAUGUGGAAAAUGUAUACGAUCCACCCACGCCUCCAGCACGCUACCUCGAUAAAUUUGCAAACAGAACCGCACCACGGGCUCCGAACUACAACCCUCCUGACGAAUUCCAGCAUGAAAAGCCAGCAUGGCUUGGAAAACUUCCGCUUUUGAACCAAACCCAGAUCGACCAGUCAGACAGACUUUUCCGCCGCCGGCUCGAGUCGCUUCAAGGGGUCGAUGAUAUUGUAGAUGAUGUCGUCCAAAUGCUGAAGGACAAAGGCGUUAUAGAAGAAACAUAUGUCAUAUACUCUACUGACCAGGGCUACCACCUUGGAACGCACCGACAAGCAGCUGGAAAAUCGACUCCGUACUUGGAAGACACGAAUAUUCCAUUGGUUGUGCGAGGGCCUGGCAUACAGCUGGGCGCCACCUCAAACUUGCCGGGUACCAUAACUGAUUUUGCCCCAACAUUUCUCGACAUCGCGGGACUUGCUGAUGAGGACUAUCCGCCUUUUCUUGAUGGCUCCAGCCUCCUUGAUGCAUGGAAGGAUGCGACGUCGCCUGCGCUUUCCCAAAGGCAGGAAGCCAUAAAUAUAGAAUUUUGGGGCUAUGCCUUCAACGAGAUUCCCGCCGGAGAGGAAUUACAUCUUGACAAUGAUUACAAGACAAUGCGAGUUGUCGGUGAAAAGUCCUCUUGGAUGUACUCGAGGUGGUGCAACGAUGACACGGAACUCUACAACAUCACAGCUGACCCGCAUGAAUUGUUAAAUCUGGCAAAUGCAUCAGAUCCUGCGAUCCAGCGGGUAUUGUCAAGGAUGAAUGCUUUACUAAUGGUGGGCAAAUCUUGCGCGGAAUCUUCAUGUCGCGAACCGUGGAGCGUUUUGCAGCCCCCUAACGCUCCUCCUGGGCAGCCAGUAUUGAAUCUGGAGGAGGCGCUAAAUCCUGACUACGAUGAAUACUACUCAGCAAUCCCGCAGGUAAAAAUCGAGGAGUGUUUGGGAUACCAGUUCACGCCGAAUGAGGGACCCUUCUUUCCCUCGGGAGCAGAAGAAGGUCUUGGAUUGCAGUAUCGGGAACCUACCGACAAUUACGAAGCCCAGAACUUAACGACGAGAUUAGCAGGUAACGAGAAGCCAGGAGGUGACUGGGACCAAAGACAUGCGACGUUGGAAAUGUUACAACAGGAUGCGAGAGAGCUCACCAACGAAGAGCUUAAAGUUUAAUCAGCCUACCGAUAGAAAGAAAUAUAUUAAACUUACUACUGUAGCAGAGCUGUAUGCCCUUUUGUUUUUUUUUUUAUAAGCAUUUGCUAUCUCUUCGCUACAUCAAAC